AUGAUGCCUUUUUUGUCUCUAGUCCAUGCCACUGGUGUCAUCUCUUCCUCCCUUGGGGCCGGUACUAUCUUCACUUCCUCUUUCACUGGUGUCAGCACGGCCCAGCUCGCCGUUCACGAAUCCACGCGCCUCGCUGCCCAGCAAUGGGUUCAUGUCCACCGGAAAUGCCACAACCUAGGCACCCCGUUGGUCGUGCUAUCAGCGGUCUGCUUUGGAUUGGUGACCGCCCAAAGGCAAAGCCAACAGCUUCUGGCGGCCGCGACCGCGUGCAUGGGCAUCGUGCCUUACACGAUUGUGGCCCUGGGAGGACCGGAAAUGGUUCUCUUUGCGGCUGCCGACUUUGAGUGCCAGGCUGGGUCGGCGGGUUCGACUCGAGAUGUACAAACGGCGCUCGCCAGCUGGGGAACACUGAAUAUGGUGCGGACAAUAUUUCCUUUGCUGGGAAGCGUCCUGGCUAUGGGCAUGCUCUCAUGGUAG